AUGGCUGCCUCUCUGGGCGUCUCUAGCCGUCUUGGGAGUAUAGAUAACCAGCUGGUCUGUGAGAAGGUUUUUCAGCUAACCACACAUUCGAUUAUUGGACGCGAUUCACCCGAAAUGGGUUUAUCGGGUUGGUUUAUACAAGGGUGUGUUUGUCCGUGUCCCACCUGUCUCGUUCUCUUUCUCUAUAUCUUUCUCUUUCCCUCUCUCCCCCUUCUCUCGCCCCCUCUUUCAUUAUCUCCUUUCCCCUUUCACUCUCUCUCUCUCUCUCUCUCUCUCUCUCUCGUGUGGAAUAAUGAGCUUUAUUCUGGGUGCGAUUAUGCGAGAAAUUGUUCUCUCUCUCUCUACCACAUCGCUUUCUUUCCCCCCUCUCUCUUUCUUUCCCUUUUUCUUUAUCUCUCUCUCUCUCUCUCUCUCUCUCUAUCUAUCUAUCUAUCUAUCUAUUUCUCUUACACUGUCUUUUUCUUUCUUUUUCUCUACGCGGGCGUGUGUAGAUCUUUUAUUCUUGGGCGGGUUCAUAACGAUGUAUUUGAGAAUGUAUUUAACUCUCCCCACCUCUCUCUUUGA